AUAUUAGAGGUCCUCCCUUGCCCACAGUCCUCCCGGGCCCCAGACCCCCACAGACACACACAGCCUCGGCCUGGAGGAGUUAACCAUCACUCCGUUGGCUCAAUCGUCAUCAUAAUGAAAUCACAGGACCCCCUCGUGUCGGUGAUGGGGCCCUGGAACCCUGCUCUCCGUCAAGCCUGUGACACUGAUAACCACAUCCUAAUUGAAACAAAUGUGCCAAUUAGGCAAUUCAUCUCUCACAUCCUCCGACCACACACUUACAGGGCUAAUUUGUCCGGCCACAGCUUCUCUUCUUCCUUCUCUUCUUCCUUCUGCUGGGUGGAUCUUUUCAUCAUUAACCUAAGGCUGUUAGCCGCGGCAGUCGACAGCCCGGGAAUGUAGAGCAGGUCUUACAGCUCAGCAGUGAGGGCCAGGCAGAUUGUGCCACGCUUUAAUUGCCUCUUUCAACUUGCAAAUUUCCCCUGAUCAAAUUGAAAUAAAUACAUACAUGAAGAGGAAAAGACUAUUCUACCACCGCCGCUGUCGCGUCAUCCAGUCGGCUCUCAUCCAGUCAUAGAUAGUUUUAAUCAUGGAACAUUAGAGUAAAUCCCCAGUCUUUUCCCCCCUUAUCUUUCAACUUUAGUACAUUAACUGCUGGCCUCUGAUGCCACCCUGCUAAAAGGUAUCUUUUAAUUGCGCCUUGGAAUCUGGAAUCCAAUGGAUGUGUUUUCCAAGGCUUGUUUAAAGUGAAGGGAAAAAAGGCUAUUCCCAGUUCUACUCUUUCUAGGUCAUACAGUAUAGUCUUCAAUGAAGUCAGAUUGGCUGUAGUUUAGAGUAGAGAAUACAGUAGGCCUAUCUAUGAAGAAUGAUUGUGAGUGUGGGUGUGUUUGUGUGUGCCCAGUGCAGUGCAAUAAGUGUGCACGUUUUUGCAGUUUGAAAACACUCCAUGGGUUUGCUAUUUAGGAGCACCCUAUAAAUCCAUCAACCAGCCCUAUUCUUCCAGUGUGAAUGCAAUUUGCAAAAGCAGCGAUGCAGCUCCAUAGACCAGGGUAGGAGCAGUAAAGCGUCACUAAGUUUGUAAUUCAUAAUUUGUUUUCCUCUCUGUGUCUGUGUUGCUGGUAAUUGGUUAUGGCCCUCCUCUGACUGCCUAAUGGCUAUGGUCAUGUGAUUGGAUGAUGUGGUUGGGUUGUAUAUGUUGUGUGAUGUAAUAAGUCUGUAAUAACUCUCUCACUCCCUCUCUCUCGCUCUCUCCCUCUCUUGUGGGCAGGUGGAGUGGUUGAAGAACGAAGAGCUAGUGAGCUCCCUGACCGAUGACAACAUUGACACCCGAGCUGACCACAAUCUCAUCAUCAACGAGGCACGACUGUCCGACUCGGGAAACUACACAUGCCUGGCCAGCAACAUUGUGGCCAAGAAACGCAGUGCCACAGCCACUGUGAUUGUUUUUGGUAAGGCUCCAGGCCCAGCUUCAGCCAUUAGCUGACUGUGAUUGCCUAUUGUAGGCCUAGUUUCCCAGACACAUUUAAUGGAGAAUCAUCAUUGAACAUUUUUAGUGCGGCAGUAGGCUUAAUCAGUGCUAGCGAACCAGACCAAAGUGUUUACAGUGCGCCUCAGAUCAAGUUGCUGUGUGUUUCAUGCCCCCACACAAAUGAAUGAGACCCAUCUCAGUGUUUUUGUUAAGAAAGAUGUUUCCCUUUAUUUAGAUAAAUGUAUUAUUCAAAGAGUCAAUUCACUGCCUCCCCUUUGAAAUCAAUGUGUAUUUUAUGAAAGGGUAUACGCUACUGUGUGUUAAUCUCAUUUAAAGGCAUGUUGCUUAUGAAUUAUGCAUUCACCAGAGGCCUUGGAGCAAUGUGGCGGCUCACAAGCUUUGGUAGCAUUUGGUAGAAAACAUUUUGCCUCCACGUCUCCACUCAUACAAAUCAUAGAGCAAACAAAUCAGACCACACAGUGGUUGACUACUUAGUAAGAGAACCUCUCAUUAAUUCUGACUUAAACUGCCCAACUGUAUUAAUGUGCAGUGGCCUGUUUGAAUGAAUUCCUCGUAAUAAUUUUUUCUCUUUGUUUCAAAGAGCUUUGACAAUUGAACUGGCUAUUAACGGAAGAGUAGUUCACAUUCUCCACAUUUGAUGUACUGUACACUAUGUUCAAGCUUCUAGUGAUGUUGUAACAUCAUGGAGCAUUGCUAGUCAUUAAUACCUCUAAAAUGUUGUCUAUAUAGUUAACUCUGUGGGAGAUUAGAUUUGUUUAAAUAAAGUUUCCCUCUCUUUCACUCUCUCUUGCUCUCUCGAUCUUUCUUUCUUUCUUUCUUUCUUUCUUUCUUUCUUUCUUUCUUUCUUUCUUUCUUUCUUUCUUUUUUUUCUUUUUCUUUUCUUCGCAUACAUCAAUGCCUCUCCAUCCAUCUCUCUCCUUCCCAUCUGUCUCUCUCUCUGUCUCCCCUCUGUCCUCUCUGCUCUCUGUCUCUCCUCUCUCUCUCUCUGCUCCUCUCUCUCUCCUCGCUCUCUGUUCUCCUGCUCUCAUCCUCUCUCUCUGUCUCUCCUCUCUCUCUCUCUCUCUCCUCUCUCUCUCUCUUCUCUCUCGUCUCUCUCUCGCUUCACCACCUCAUAUCUCUCUCUUUCCCCAUCUCUCUCUCUCUCACCACUAUCUCUCUCUCUGUAGUGAAUGGUGGUUGGUCGCUGUGGACAGAGUGGUCUCCUUGUAACGUGCCCUGUGGUCGGGGUGUCCAGAAACGCUCCCGUACCUGUACCAACCCUGCCCCACUCAACGGAGGGGCUUUCUGCCAGGGCAUGUCUGUGCAGAAGAUCACCUGUAAUGCCCUCUGUCCAAGUAAGCCCUUCUGCCUCAUGAAGUACUGUAGAGCUAGUGAAUAGACAGCGUUCGACCAUCAUGAUCUUGCGAGAUCACAUUCUGUUUCUCUACUCGAGGAGGUCAGUCGGUUUCACCAGGCAAGAAUAGACUGUCAUCUUCUGGGAAUGUCUCAAAGGGCAAAGCAAUUUGACUUGCAAGGACAUACACUACCAGUCAACAGUUUGGACACACCUACUCAUUCAAGGGUGUUUCUUUAUUUUUACUAUUUUCUACAUUGUAGAAUAAUAGUGAAGACAUCAAAACUAUGACAUACAGUGAGGGAAAAAGUAUUUGAUCCCCUGCUGAUUUUGUACCUUUGCCCACUGACAAAGAAAUGAUCAGUCUAUAAUUUGAAUGGUAGGUUUAUUUGAACAGUGAGAGACAGAAUAAAAAAUCCAGAAAAACGCAUGUCAAAAAUGUUAUGAAUUGAUUAGCAUUUUAAUGAGGGAAAUAAGUAUUUGACCCCUCUGCAAAACAUGACUUAGUACUUGGUGGCAAAACUCUUGUUGGCAAUCACAGAGGUCAGACGUUUCUUGUAGUUGGCCACCAGGUUUGCACACAUCUCAGGAGGGAUUUUGUUCCACUCCUCUUUGCAGAUCUUCUCCAAGUCAUUAAGGUUUCGAGGCUGACGUUUGGCAACUCGAACCUUCAGCUCCCUCCACAGAUUUUCUAUGGGAUUAAGGUCUGGAGACUGGCUAGGCCACUCCAGGACCUUAAUGUGCUUCUUCUUGAGCCACUCCUUUGUUGCCUUGGCCGUGUGUUUUGGGUCAUUGUCAUGCUGGAAUACCCAUCCACGACCCAUUUUCAAUGCCCUGGCUGAGGGAAGGAGGUUCUCACCCAAGAUUUGACGGUACAUGGCCCCGUCCAUCGUCCCUUUGAUGCGGUGAAGUUGUACUGUCCUCUUAGCAGAAAAACACCACCAAAGCAUAAUGUUUCCACCUCCAUGUUUGACGGUGGGGAUGGUGUUCUUGGGGUCAUAGGCAGCAUUCCUCCUCCUCCAAACACGGCGAGUUGAGUUGAUGCCAAAGAGCUCGAUUUUGGUCUCAUCUGACCACAACACUUUCACCCAGUUCUCCUCUGAAUCAUUCAGAUGUUCAUUGGCAAACUUCAGACGGCCCUGUAUAUGUGCUUUCUUGAGCAGGGGGACCUUGCGGGCGCUGCAGGAUUUCAGUCCUUCACGGCGUAAUGUGUUACCAAUUGUUUUCUUGGUGACUAUAGUCCCAGCUGCCUUGAGAUCAUUGACAAGAUCCUCACCGUUCUCAUGAUCAUUGCAACUCCACGAGGUGAGAUCUUGUAUGGAGCCACAGGCUGAGGGAGAUUGACAGUUCUUUUGUGUUUCUUCCAUUUGCGAAUAAUCGCACCAGCUGUUGUCACCUUCUCACCAAGCUGCUUGGCGAUGGUCUUGUAGCCCAUUCCAGCCUUGUGUAGGUCUACAAUCUUGUCCCUGACAUCCCUGGAGAGCUCUUUGGUCUUGGCCAUGGUGGAGCGUUUGGAAUCUGAUUGAUUGAUUGCUUCUGUGGACAGGUGUCUUUUAUACAGGUAACAAGCUGAGAUUAGGAGCACUCCCUUUAAGAGUGUGCUCCUAAUCUCAGCUCGUUACCUGUAUAAAAGACACCUGGGAGCCAGAAAUCUUUCUGAUUGAGAGGGGGUCAAAUACUUAUUUCCCUCAUUCAAAUGCAAAUCAAUUUAUAACAUUUUUGACAUGUGUUUUUCUGGAUUUUUUUGUUGUUAUUCUGUCUCUCACUGUUCAAAUAAACCUACCAUUAAAAUUAUAGACUGAUAAUUUCUUUGUCAGUGGGUAAACGUACAAAAUCAACUGGGGAUCAAAUACUUUUUUUCCCUCACUGUAACACAUAUGGAAUCAUGUAGUAACCAAAAACGUGUUAAACAAAUCAAAAUAUAUUUUAUAUUUGAGAUUCUUCAAAUAGCCAGUUCCAAUUGCCAUCAAUAGCCUUGAUGACAGCUUUGCACACGCUUGGCAUUCUCUCAACCAGCUUCAUGAGGUAGUCACCUGGAAUCCAUUUCAAUUGACAGGUGUGCCAUCUUCAAAGUUAAUUUGUAGAAUGUAUUUCCUUCUUAAUGCAUUUGAGCCAAUCAGUUGUGUUGUGACAAGGUAGGGGGGUAUACAGAAGAUAGCCCUAUUUGGUAAAAGAUCAAGUCCAUAUUAUGGCAAGAACAGCUCAAAUAAGCAAAGAGAAACGACAGUCCAUCAUUACUUUAAGACAUGAAGGUCAGUCAUUAUGGAACAUUUCAAGAACUUUGAAAGUUUCUUACAUUUUACAUUUUAGUCAUUUAGCAGACGCUCUUAUCCAGAGUGACUUACAGUUAGUGAGUGCAUACAUUUUCAAGUGCAGUUGCAAAAACCAUCAAGCGCUAUGAUGAAACUGGUUCUCAUGAGGACCGCCACAGGCGUGGAAGACCCAGAGUUACCUCUGCUGCAGAGGAUAAGUUCAUUAAAGUUACCAGCCUCAGAAAUUGCAGCCCAAAUAAAUGCUUCAUAGAGCUCAAGUCACAGACACAUCUCAACAUCAACUGUUCAGAGGAGACUGUUUGAAUCAGGUAUUUAUGGUCGAAUUGCUGCAAAGAAACCACUACUAAAGGACACCAAUAAGAAGAAGAGACCUGCUUGGGUCAAGAAACACGAGCAAUGGACAUUAGACCGGUGGAAAUGUGUCCUUUGGUGUGGAGUCCAAAUUGGAGACUUUUGGUUCAAACCGCCGUGCCUUUGUGAGACGCGGUGUGGGUGAAUGGAUGAUCUCCACAUGUGUAGUUCCCACCGUAAAGCAUGGAGGAGGAGGUGUGAUGGGUUGGGGGUUGGGGGUUGCUUUGCUGGUGACACUGUCUGUGAUUUAUUUAGAAUUCAAGGCACACUUAACCAGCAUGGCUACCACAGCAUUCUACAGCGAUACACCAUCCCAUCGGGUUUGGGCUUAGGGGGACUAUCAUUUGUUUUUCAACAGGACAAUGACCCAACAAACCUCCAGGCUGUGUAAGGGCUAUUUUACCAAGAAGGAGAUUGAUGGAGUGCUGCAUCAGAUGACCUGGCCUCCACAAUCCCCCGACCUCAACCCAAUUGAGAUGGUUUGGGAUGAGUUGGACAGCAGAGUGAAGGAAAAGCAGCCAACAAGUGCUCAGCAUAUGUGGGAACUCCUUCAAGACUGGUGGAAAAGCAUUCCAGGUGAAGCUGGUUGAGAGAAUGCCAAGAGUGUGCAAAGCUGUCAUCAAGGCAAAGGGUGGCUAUUUGAAGAAUCUCAAAUAUUAAAUAUAUUUUGAUUUGUUUAACACUUUUUUGGUUACUAUAUGAUUCCAUGUGUUAUUUCAUAGUUGUGAUGUCUUCACUAUCAUUCUACAAUGUCAAAAAUAGUAAAGAUUAAGAAAAAUCCUUGGAUGAAUAGGUGUGUCCAAACUUUUGACUGGUACUGUAUAUAUAGUAUGCUCAACUUUAUGACUUGAUGAAUAUAGUAGGCUGGUGUGCCAUGCAGGCAUCUAGGUGCAGAGUGAACAUGCGAAUACAACAUCUGGUUAUGCAAGACUAUGAAAACUUUAUUAUAUUGUGUGUGAGUCCUAUAGUCUUUGUAGUUCAUAUAUGUUGUAUGCUGCUGCAUGCCUGCCAUGGUGGUCUGAAUUAGUUCUCUUAUAUAUUUUUUGUUUUUAUUUAACCAUUAUUUUAUCAGGGAGUCAUACUUAGACCAAUGUCUCUUUUACAGAUGAACCCUGAACUACAGAAAUGACAGAAAUACACACAUCAAAAUAUAAGUACAAAUAACAAACACAUUAAUCCGUAAUAAGGUCCUCAAUCAGCUUUCUGAAUUGCCCUAGAGGCACCAAAACAUCACAUUUAAAAACAUGUUGAAGAUUGUUCCACAAAAUGGUACAACUCAGUAGAGGCCAACGGAAUUUCCAGAGUUAGCCAUCACUGAGACCGGGUGUGAUAACUUACAGUAUUUGUCUAAAGGUUAGUAUUGAUGUUAGGCCAAUGUCUUUUCUGUGUCUAUUCCUGCACCAGACAAUAGUUUGUAGUAGUUCUCAGUUCUAAUUAAUGUAACUGUGAAUUUUCACAGAAAAUGUGAACUGUUUCUUCACAAGUCAAUCACAAAUCACAAGGGGGAGACUGGAUCGGUUAGGGAAGAAUCUAUAUGGAGAGAGAGCACAAUAUGUAUGUGCACAGAGGGCUUAUAGAACUCAUGGAACACUACAAAAGAAAUUGCCUUCUCCAGAGCUUGUGCAAAGAGACGGCUUACGGUCGCUGAAAAAGUGCUGCCGAGUGCCGCAGUGGUCUAAGGUACUGCAUCUGUCACACCCUGGCUCUGGGACUCUAUAUGUUGAGCCAGGGUGUGCUCAUUCUAUGUGUUGAAGUUCUAUGUUGGGAGUUCUAGUUUGUUUAUUUCUAUGUUGGCCAGAGUGGCUCCCAAUCAGAGGCAACGAGUGUCAGCUUUUGGCUGGUUGUCUCUGAUUGGGAGCCAUAUUUAUACUGUCGGUUUUCCCUUAGUGUUUGUGGGAUCUUGUUCCAGUUGGUUGUGUUUAGACUUAGGACGUCACGGUAUCGUUUGUUGUUUUGUUAUUCGUGUGUGCACUUUAAUUAAAUAAAGUAUGUUCGCUCAACACGCUGCGCCUUGGUCUACUCGAUACGACGAUCGUGACAGAAGAUCCCACCAUACCAGGACCAAGCAGCGUGUCCAGGAGCAGGCAGCCUGGACGUGGGAGCAGAUUUUGGACGGGCAGGGGUCCUGGACCUGGGAGGAAAUCCUGGCCGGGAUGGAUCGCCGGCCAUGGAGUGAGACAGUAGAGGCGCGACGGAGAGAGGAGCAAUGGCGUGAUCAGUGUCGUCGUCGGACGGUCGAGAGGCAACCCCAAAACAUUUUUAGGGGGGGGCACAGGGCAUGGACGACGGGGCUGACGGAGGCAGACAAGGGGCGUAUUCAGAAGGCCACCAGGUUACGGGGGUCACUGGUAAAGGAAGGGAAGGAAGGUUUAGAGGCACGGCGAGAGGUACUGGGGUGUGUUACCAGUCCGGUCCGGCCCGUUCCAGAUCCCGGUGUAGAGCCAGUGGUGUGUGUCCCCAGUACGGUCCGGCCUGUUCCUGCCCCUCGCACCAAGUGUACGGUGCGCGUCGCCAGCCCGGUCCGGCCUGUUCCUGCCCCUCGCACCAAGCCUACGGUUUGCGUCGCCAGCCCGGCCCGGCCUGUUCCUGCCCCUCGCACCAAGCCUACGGUGUGCGUCGCCAGCCCGGCCCGGCCUGUUCCUGCCCCUCGCACCAAGCCUACGGUGCGCGUCGCCAGCCCGGUCCGGCCUGUUCCUGCCACUCGCACCAAGCCUACGGUGCGCGUCGCCAGCCCGGCCCGGCCUGUUCCUGCCACUCGCACCAAGCCUACGGUGCGCGUCGCCAGCCCGGCCCGGCCUGUUCCUGCCACUCGCACCAAGCCUACGGUGCGCGUCGCCAGGCCGGCCCGGCCUGUUCCUGCCACUCGCACCAAGCCUACGGUGCGCGUCGCCAGCCCGGCCCCGGCCUGUUCCUGCCACUCGCACCAAGCCUACGGUGCGCGUCGCCAGCCCGGCCCGGCCUGUUCCUGCCACUCGCACCAAGCCUACGGUGCGCGUCGCCAGCCCGGCCCGGCCUGUUCCUGCCACUCGCACCAAGCCUACGGUGCGCGUCGCCAGCCCGGCCCGGCCUGUUCCUGCUACUCGCACCAAGCCAGGGGUGCGAGUCGUCAGCCUGGUCCAGCCCGUUCCUGCUACUCGCACCAAGCCAGGGGGUGCGAGUCGUCAGCCUGGUCCAGCCCGUUCCUGCUACUCGCACCAAGCCAGGGGUGCGAGUCGUCAGCCUGGUAAAGCCCGUUGCUGCUCCACGCACCAAGCCAGGGGUGCGAGUCGCCAGUCUGGUGAGGCCCGUUCCGGCUCCACGCACCAAGCCAGGGGUGCGCAUCGUCAGCCCGGUCCGGCCCGUUGCUGCUCCACGCACCAAGCCAGGGGUGCGCAUCGUCAGUCCGGUUGAGGCCCGUUCCGGCUCCACGCACCAAGCCGGGGUGCGCAUCGUCAGCCCGGUCCGGCCAGGGUGCGCAUCGUCAGCCAGGUCCGGUCCUUUCCUGCAUCACGCACCAAGCCAGGGGUGCGCGUCGUCAGUCCGGCACAACCCGUGCCUGGGUCACCGGUGCCUAAUCAGGUACCGGUCAACUGCUCCACAACGGAGCUGAAGCUAACCGCUCCUGCUACGUCCAGUUCAGCUCCAGCCAGCGGGGCCAGACCGGACCAGGGGCGCUAUGGGGGGUUUAUUGGAGGGUGGUGGGCAAGCCCGGAGCCAGAACCGCCGCCGAGGAGGAAUGCCCACCCAGCCCUCUCCUGUUUUGUUCUAGUUGAGGCGCGGUCGCAGUCCGCGCCUUUAGGGGGGGGUACUGUCACACCCUGGCUCUGGGACUCUAUAUGUUGAGCCAGGGUGUGUUCAUUCUAUGUGUUGAAGUUCUAUGUUGGGAGUUCUAGUUUGUUUAUUUCUAUGUUGGCCUGAGUGACUCCCAAUCAGAGGCAACGAGUGUCAGCUUCGGCUGGUUGUCUCUGAUUGGGAGCCAUAUUUAUACUGUCGGUUUUCCCUUAGUGUUUGUGGGAUCUUGUUCCAGUUGGUUGUGUUUAGACUUAGGACGUCACGGUAUCGUUUGUUGUUUUGUUAUUCGUGUGUGCACUUUAAUUAAAUAAAGUAUGUUCGCUCAACACGCUGCGCCUUGGUCUACUCGAUACGACGAUCGUGACAGCAUCGCAGUGCUAGCUGUGCCACUAGAGAUCCUGGUUCGAAUCCAGGCUCUGUCGUAGCCGGCCGCGACCGGGAGACCCAUGGGGCGGCGCACAAUUGGCCCAGCGUCGUCCAGGGUAGGGGAGGGAAUGGCCGGCAGGGAUGUAGCUCAGUAGAGCAUGGCGUCUGCAACGCCAGGGUUGUGAGUUCGAUUCCCACAGGGGGCCAGUAUAAAAAAGAAUGUAUGCACUCACUAACUGUAAGUCGCUCUGGAUAAGAGCGUCUGCUAAAUGACUUAAAUGUAAAUGUAAGAAAUCUCUUUUGGCACCAUAUGGGUUCCUCCUAGAUGAAAUGACACAGACUACAGAGGAACCAGAGUUUUAACGUGCACGGUUAUAUCAGGGGAUUUCAUUUCACAUUCUGCAGAGAGAGAGAGAGAGAGAGACGAGGGAUCACAUUAUUUGAGGAGGACCUGAGGGUUAAUGUGGACUAAAUGGUCUUUGAGAUGGACCAUCGCCUCACCUUCUGUCUGUGUGUUCUGUGUUCCAUGUCCUCCUCCACAGUUAACGGUGGCUGGGAAGAGUGGAGUGAGUGGACGGUGUGCAGUGUGCAGUGUGAAAGACAGCGUAGGAGGGAGUGCAAUAACCCACCACCCAGACACAGGGGCAAGAUGUGUGAGGGGCCCAGCAAUGCCACAAAGAACUGCACUGGAGGAAUGUGUACCCAGAGUAAGUCCCUUACUAUUUUCUCUGAAGGAUUUCUUUCUUUUCUACAUUGCCAUCUUAACCUCGACUGUCAUCUCCAUAAGCCCUAUCUCCAUUACACCCUUCAUAACAUGACUUGUCAUUAACAUAUCUGAACAGCUGGCCACAGAGGGAUUUGCUGGACAAAUAAACACACUGGAAUGAAUUCCACAUUGCUGGAGCACUCAGUGCAUGAAAACACCAAGCGAAACAUCCUCCGUGUCACAAGAGCAUAUACUGUAGCUAUCACUGAAGACAUGGAGGGUGCAUUAAGUUUUGACCACAGUUUGUACAUUUUGACCAUGGUUGUCAAAGCAAUUUAGUAACUGAUGCAAUGCAUUGCCCGCAUCCGUAAUGCUUAAUUUCACAUUUGCAUAAUUCAGUGAUAAACUCAUCAAAAUGCACAAUGAGAGGUUUAGAAAUAAAUAUUGAGUUACGCACUCUGUCUGAUCUACUGUAAACUAGAGUCAUGUUUGCGUUGUCGAAAUGCCGUCCAUGAUGUAAUAUUAAGGGCCACGAACUGUGACACUAAUUAACUGACUAAAAGGAAAUCUUACACGCAUGCAGUCUCUGAAUGGGAUAAAAGAUAGAGGCAUAAGCAUGUUUUAAAAAGUUGGACUGGUAUUUUGGGCUAGUGUGGUACAAGCAUUAGUAAGCUCCAAUUUUCCAUUGGUAAGCAUACAAUUUCCCAAAAUAUUUGAUCCUUUUCUUUUUCUCUUUGUGAAGGAGAGAGAUAAUCAUGGUAUUUUUCAGACCCAUUUGCCAAUCUCUCCCUUGGCCACUUUUAUCCAUGUGGAUAUGAGUCUGGUAAUGAAGCCAUGCAUCAUUAUCUGGGCAGUCUGUAUCUGUAUUGGCAUAUUUCAGUAGUAGGGCCUCUCCACAUGAUGUGAGUCUGAAAGAAGUGCACUAGUAGGAUACCUCACUCACACAGGGCUGGCGUUUAAUCACCUUGCUCUGUAUGUGUCCCAAAUGGCAACUUUUUUCCUUUAUAGGGCACUACUUUUGUAGUGAAAUAGUGCACUAUAAAGGGAAUAGGUUGCAAUUUGGGACACAACCAGGGCUGGUGUUUAAUCACCUCUAUCUCUCUCUCUCUUUUCUGUCUCAUUCUGUGUCUGUCUUUGCAGAUGGAAAGCUGCUGCAUGAUGUUAAACCUCAAAGUGAGUCCUUCCUUUCUGCAUUUCUUUUAUCUUCAACCCCCAACUCUUGAAACAGGCUAGCUGUCUACCUAAUUUGUGAUGCUUACAAUUGUCACUAGAUGAAAGUUCAGGAACCAGAAUCAGAAUAUGACCCGUUUUUUUUUAUGAUAACCUUUUUUAGACAUAUACCUAUUUGGUUAACUUUAAUUUCCCUGCAUUUUAAACAGCCAUCACACCCAUCAAAAACAAUUGUAAUCAGGUUCUAUAACCAUAACUAUAACCAUAGAAUUAGGAAUUAGAAUAAUUUGAGUAAUUUAAUAGGAGCUCUAUUACUAUAACCAGGUUCUACCAUUCUAUCACUCAGCUGUUCACUCUUCACGAGCAUGACAUCACAACGUGCUCUCCUUCUCGGAUUGAACCGAGAGAUUGAUCGGUUGUGACAACUGAACAUAUGCUAUAUUGUAGGGGAUUAAUGCAGUGUAAUUAUGCAAACGAGCUAAUUUGACCAAUUUGCAGUGUAUCCUCACUUGUAUUCCCCCGGUGGGUAUCAGCUCAGACACUCUCUCUUCCCCUUGCAUACCGCCUGACAUCUCCUGAAAUGAUUCAGGUGCUACCUUGACUGGAGCCUCAGCAGUGAUUGUAAUGAGACUUCAUUAGGCUGACAGACAGGCUCACUCACUGUGCCUGGUUUGCAAUGCACAGGGUCAAACAAUUCAGUGGAGAGUUCUAGAAGGGGGAGACAGACAUCUGGUGAGUGAUCAUACUAACGGGGCUAAUACUCUAAAUUAAUUUGCUUCGGAACAUUUCCUGUCACUGUCGGACGUUGACCAUUGGGGCAUACAAUGUAGUUUAGUAUGUACCAUUAGGCUUAUUGGAUAUAGACUAGUGGGUCUGAAAGCAGUUAUACCCUUCUCACUCUCACUGUUAACAGCUUUAUGAAUGUGUUGUGCAUCAGCGGUGUAGGGGUGAGAUUCUGCAUGCUCAUCUAGUCCUCUGUGUGCUGCAUAAUGUAGCAUAGGAAGAUGAGCCUGUUGGAUGAGCAGUUGAACCGUAUCUUGGGAUGGACAGCCAGCACAGUGCUCUACACUGUGCUUUCAAAUGAAUUCACUUCUCUCCAAAAGAUCCUAGUGAUAAUGUCAAAGACAAUACUGUAUAUUUUAAUGACUAUUUUCGAUGCCUCAGAAUGUCACCACAAAAUAAUCACCACCAUCACCAUUCUCACAUGUUCCUCUUCAGUGUCUCUGUACUGUACCUUAGUUGAGCUUCUUGCAUAUUAUUGUUUACACUUAGCAAACAUCCAUUGAGACUGUUGUUUCUGUGUUGGUCUGUGUGUGUACCAGGUAUGGACGGCUCCAACGACGUGGCUCUAUACUCUGGGCUGGUGUCGGGGGUCAUAGUUGUGGCUGUCCUUGUGGUGGCCGUCAUGCUGUACAGGAGGAGCCAGAGCAACUACGGCGUUGACGUCAUCGACUCAUCCGCGCUAACCGGAGGCUUCCAGUCAUUCACCUUCAAGACUACCAGACAAGGUGAGCUAGCGCUGCCUUUCACUUUAUGGAGACAUACCCAGUUGCGCACAAGGCCAAACGGUAGGCAGGAGUUUUUCAAGGACCCUUUCGACAGGCUGCUGCUGCUGGUGAUUGAUUGCAUGUGUUUGCAUUGAGGCAGCACGGUGGCGGCACGGUGCAAACCCUGCACAUCUGCCUUUAAUUAUAUUCUCAUAAUCGCUGAAAGGAUCUGUCCUUCUAUUUUGACAGACCAGCUCUUCUGUUAUUGCUGAGAUAGGUCAUCAAUCUUUGACAGACACAUUCUGUGUCCCCCUGGACUGCAGACCACACACACACAUUUGACUGUCAAGCAACCAAUCCCCCUUCCCUGCCGUCAGAUAGCCCCAGCCAAAUUCACUGAUGGAUAAAUGUGAAAAGCAUGGAACACUGAACAUCAAUUGCAUUUUUGUUGUACACAGCAAUAACUUCUGUUCAUAACAGUGUCUGGGGCUGUGGCUUAUCCCAGGCAGCCUUCCUAUUACUGUCAAUGACACUUCUGGGUUAGCACAAGCGAUAGCCAUUGCAGCAGCGGGUGAUAAAUCCUGGCUGGAUGUGACAACCCUGUGAAAAGCCCUGCCGGAGCCAUGCUGAGCCCACUACAUUCACUGCUCCCAAGGCCUGGGAUGACACUCAUGCGCUGGGCGGGGAGGGGGAGCUGGGGGACUGUGCAGGGCUACAUCCGGCAGGCCAUCAAUCCUAUUUAAAUAGGCCAGCUUUUCAGAAGCCGCCUGCUGUGCCCUCCACCGGCCACCACCACUCCAUCCCGUUCCCCUCUCCAUCAGCUUGCUAAUAGAGCAGAAGAAAUACAGCUCAUAUUAUCCGCUUUCCCAUUUCCAGUCUGGAUCCUUCUUUUACAGAGGGAUGGAAAGAAACACAAAUGAAUAGCGAAUAUAUACUAUUUUUCCUGACUGUUCCCUCCAGUCAACCUUAUUCAAGUAGAUUUUUCAUAAUCACAAUAAUAUACGGUUAUACACAUAGAGAGAAAAACAUAGCUUUUCUCAAGUGUGUUCUUUACAGGAAAUUAGUAGCUUUUCAUGCCUUUUUAAUUUAUUUGAAAAGUCCCUUAAAUGCUUCAGAUAGCUCCUGCCGCAUGAGGGGGUGUAAGGCGGAGUGGUGAAUGAGUCUUUAUGCAUUACUGCUGGGCAUAAGGUCCAAUUCCAAACCUAUCCCUCAAGGUAUUCAACGUGAGAUCCAUUUCAUUAACUCUGUCUUCCCACCUCCUCCGCAAUUCCAUUUUGCUCCACCAUUUUAAAGAUGCACACUCAAGCCAUAAUCAGAUUUUUCUCCACUGCGCUGAGAAGAAGAGAAAAUGCACAUGGAUGUUUGUUUGCAUGUCAGAUUGAAAGUUUAAGCAAUGUCCACUGAAUUUUUUUUUAAUGCAUUAUCAAUAUGAAUUUUCUCAAGAGUCCUCUACUAUGUCUACUGCAAUCAGUAGCAAAUCACUACUAAUCAGUAACAAAAUUUCUGAUUGCACUUAUUUCACACUGCUCAAAUGUAACAUUUCCCAUGAUAUCCUCUAACGUGUUUGAUUGAAUUGCAAUAGAUUUUUUUUAUUAUUAUUGUAUGCUUUCAUCCUGUUAUGCAUUUUCAGGCACUAGACUAGACGAUGAAGUUACAAGGAGAAGCCCUUGAUUGAAGAAUACCCUCUAGUUAGUCUUUCAGUGGAAACUAACACACCCUGAAAGCAUGACACAGAUCAAGCCCCCCAGCAAUUAACGAUUCCCCUAAAAAUAAAACAUUACCCUCCUACCUUAUGCCCCUCGCCAGGCAGCAGCUGGGCAGCAAUGACUUUGUGACUCUGCUGUUAUCUUGGCACAGGGAGUCCUAGGGCCCUAAUGUCUGGAUGUGCCAGAUAGAUGCAUGCAGUGUUUGGCAGUGUGGCCAAGCGUCUAAUGGCUGUGGCUGAAGACCUUGUACUGUUGAGUUGAUUAUGAGAGCUGAAGGACUCCCCUCAUUUACAGGACGGCCACCCAGACCCCCUUAGCACCUUCCCAGCCACACACACAAACACGCACGCACGCACGCACACAACCCCAGCGCUGUGCUGUGACCACAGACAGAGAACGACUGUGUCCUCCAGGAGGGUGACUUUGUGUACAGAGAGGAACUGACUCCAACUCCAACAGAUGGAUUAUGGCGAUCAAGCUGUGAAUGCUUGGUAAAUAAAUCUACCUCUGACCAGUGACUAUGGCUCAGCCCUGACCUGGAUAGCUACAGUAUCUUUUAUCCAGGUUAUUUACCUGUAACGUAACUCUGUGUUAGUCACAUUCCCUGACAUGUUUUUCACACUAAAAGCCUGUUUUCCAUCAGUUGACAGUGUGCUCCCUGCUCAGUGGACUUCACUUCAGCCAAUUGCUCCAGCAGAGAGAGCUAGGGUAUUUAGAUGGCAGCAUGACUAUGUAGCUGUGUGUUUCAUUCCAUCUCUCUAGGGAGCCCACUGCUUCUCAACUCCUCUCUGCAGCCAGACCUGACAGUGGGCCGGACUUAUAGCAGACCCAUCUGCUUCCAGGACUCAAUAGACAAUAAAGAGCUCUUUGACCCCCUGCCAGACAUCAAGGUCAAAGUUCAGAGCUCCUUUAUGGUUUCACUAGGUGUGGCCGACCGCGCUGAGUACCACGCACCCAAAGGCCAUCCGCCCAAGACCUUCCCCAGGGGGCUGAACCGAGACUACAGCAACAGCACUGUGGAGAGACGGAGCACCAAGAAGGGCCUGCUCACCCCCAACGGGCCCCCCCUAACCCCCACUGAAGAUCAGAUGAGAACCACGGGCGUGUUUGGGUAUCUGGGCGGCCGGUUGGUGGUGCCAAAUACUGGUGAGCUACAGUACAUGGGUUUAAUGAAGAGAGAUGGGUAGACUACUCUCUGAUGAUAGCUACUCUCUGAUGCUAAUAUGUCAUUCUAGCAUUUUUUUCAGUAUGUACUGUACGCCUAUUCUAAUGGAAAAUAAAGUUCUCAGUUUAGCUAAAACAUGGACACGCUUGACUAAUUACAAGUAGAGGUAGUCUAAGUGAAUAUGUCUUGGUUAGUGAAACCAGGGAUAUAUCUCAAAUGGCACCCUAUUCUUUAUGGGCCCUGGUCAAAAGUAUUGCACUAUAAAAAGAGUAGGAUGCCAUUUGGGACUCAGAUCAGGUCCCUUUAAUCUCUCUAGAGUCUAAUGCAUGUUGCUACAGUACUGUAGGAUUCAUUCAUGUUGUUUCCCAGGUAGGUCCAGUACAGGAAUCUAGUAUAGCUGUUUGUUAUUCGUCUACAUUCCCACCAGCUCCCCCAGGCAAACGGGGGUCAGGCCUCUUAUCAUAGACCAUAACUACAAGUGGAGGGAGUAGAUGAGUUUGCUAUGAGGACUGCCACAGUUGUCAGGGGUCAACAGUUCCAUGUGAACUGUAGCUUUGACAUCUCUCUCCCGGGCCCUGGUGUGUGUAGGGCCCUCAGCUUUGUUGGAGAGGCACUGAUUGAGAGCCACAGUGAAAUCAGGCUGCGUCAGACUCAUCGUUGUGUGUGAGUGGAGAGAGUCACAGCGGUCAAGUGGACCACUCUCACAUCUCCAAUGUCUUUAACGAUGCUGAAUGGACGACCAUACAUGGCCAACACUUGGCUAACUGCCAGUCUCUUCUUUCAGGAUGAAUACAUAUCCUACAAACUCAAGCACAAGUGAACACACACAUGAACAUGUACGCACACACACAGACCGACAACCUUCAAUACAAUCUUAGACAUCAGUCUCUCCUGUGGGACGUAAACUGAUGAUGAUCAAACUUUGGCGGUGUGAGAUGUGAGCGUAAUCCCUUGGGCUAAGGAUGUUCCCUGUCACUCUGAUGAUUUAAGAGGUCCUGGAGGGCUCCUGCACAGCCAUCCCCAGUGAAACAUCUGACAGGGUGGCAGGUGUUGGUUUAAUGAAAGCUAACUGGUUGAUUUGCAAGAGGGGAGAUGACAGGCAGGGGGACGACAAAACACUUACAUUGCUGUUUAUAGACAGGCAGAUAUUGAAUCUCCUAUACAGCUGCUCUCCCCCAGCUCUCACAUUUUAUUGUGUUACAAAGUGGGAUUAAUUGUCAAUUUUUUUUACAAUCUACACAAAAUACUCUUUAAUGUCAAAAUGGGAGAAAAAUUAUCUUUUUUGGGGGGGAUUAAUAAAAAAACUAAAAUAUAGUCGUUGCAUAAGAAUUCAGCUCCCUGAGUCAAUAUGUUAGAAACACCUUUGGCAUCGAUUACAGCUGUGAGUCUUAUUGGGUAAGUCUCUAAGAGCUUUGCCCACCUGGAUUAUGCAGUAUUUGCCCAUUAUUCUUCAAGAUGUUGGGGAUCAUGGCUACACAGCAAUUUUCAAGUCAUGCCAUAGAUUUGCAAGGAGAUUAAAGUCAAAACUGUGGCCACUCAGGAACAUUCACUGUCUUCUUGGUAAGCAACUCCAGUAUAGAUUUGGCCUUGUGUUGUAGGUUAUUGUCCUGCUGAAAGGUGUUGUUUUGGAUUUGCCCUAAAAAUAAGGCUUUGCAUUUAGGCAAAAAAGUGUAUUCCUUUGCUGUGUUAUUUUUUUCAGUAUUACUUUAGUGCCUUUUUGCAUACAAGAUGCAUGUUUUGGAAUAUUUUCAUUCUGUAUAUUUAUUUAUAUUAUUCUUUUCACUCUGUCAUUUAGGUCAUUAUUGUGAGUCACUACAAUGAUGUUGAUCCAUCCUCAGUUUUCACAGCCAUUGAACUCUGUAGCUGUCUUAAAAUCACCAAUGGCCUCAUGGUAACAUCCCUGAUCAGUUUCAUUCCUGUCCUACAGCUCAGUUCAGAAGGAUGACUGUAUCUUUGAUAUGUCUGGGUGGUUUAAUGCAUAAUCCACAGCAUAAUAAUUUACUUGACCAUGCUUAAAGAGAUAUUCAUUUUUUACAUAAAAAAAACAACAUUUUUAGUCAUUUAGCAGAUGCUCUUAUCCAGAGCGCCAUGCUCUACCAACUGAGCUACAGGAGACUAAAAUAUUCAAUGCCUGAUUUGUUAUUGUUACACAUGUACCAAUCACUGCCCUUCUUUGAGGCUUUCUAAAAGCUCCCUGGUCUUCGUAGUUGAAUCUAUGCUUGAAAUGCGAUACUUGACUGAGGGACCUUACAGAUGUUGUAUGUAUGGGGGACAGAGGAAGGGUUAGUCAUUCAAAAAUGAUGUCAACCCCAUGUAACUUAUUAUGUGAUUUGUUAAGCCAAAUUCUACUCCUGAACUAAUUUAGGCUUGACUAAACAAAAGACUGAAUACUUAUGCGACAACUAUAUUUUAGUAAUGAAUUUAUUUAUUUACAAAAAUAAGGAUAUUCAUUUUUUAAAUAGAUUCUUGACAAAAAAUGACAAUUAAAUCAAUUUUAAUCCCACUUUGUAACACAAUAAAAUGUGAAGAAAUCCAAGGGGUCGGAAUACUUUAGCAAGGCACCUGUAAAGUGUUACAUGAGCUGAAAUAAAAGAGGCCAGAAAUGUUCCACACGCACAAAAAGCUUAUUUCUCUCAAAAUAUGUGCACCAAUUUGUUUACAUCCCUGUUAGUGAACAUUCCUCCUUUGCCAAGAUAACCAAUCCACCUGACAAGUGUGGCAUAUCAAGAAGCUGAUUAAACAGCAUGAUCAUUACACAAGUGCACUUUGUGCUGUGGACAAUAAAAGGCCACUCUAAAAUGUGCAGUUUUGUCAUACAACACAAUGCCACAAAUGUCUCAAGUUUUGAGGGAGCGUGCAAUUGGCAUGAUGACUGCAGGAAUGUCCACCAGAGCUGUUGCCAGAGAAUUGAAUGUUCAUUUCUCUACCAUAAGCUGCCUCCAACAUCGUGUUAGAGAAUUUGGCAAUAUGUUCAACCGGCCUCACAACCGCAGACCACGUGUUACCAUGGCAGUCCAGGACCUCCACAUCCGGCUUCUUCAUCUGCGGGAUCGGCUGAGACCAGCCACCUAGACAGCUGAUGAAACUGACAAGUAUUUCUGUCUGUAAUAAAGCCCUUUUGUGGGGAAAAACUCAUUCUGAUUGGCUGGGGCUUGGCUCCCCAAUGGGUGGUCCUUGCUCCCAAGUGGGUGGCCCUAUGCUCUACCAGGCCCACCCAUGGCUGCGCUCCUGCCCAGUCAUGUGAAAUCCAUAGAUUAGGGCCUAAUGAAUUUAUUUCAAUUGACUGAUUUCCAUAUGUGAACUGUAACUCAGUACAUUAUUGAAAUUGUUGCAUGUUGCGUUUAUAUUUUUGUUCAGUAUAGAAGGAAUCCAUGUUCUGCUCAACUAUAUACAGGCAUCUCACAGAUAUCUUUUGUGUUUUGUUGUUGUUAUUGUUGUUGACUCUGUUGUGUCUUGCAGGAGUCAGCCUGCUGGUGCCCCAUGGUGCGAUCGCUGAGGACACUUCCUGGGAGAUGUACGUGGUGAUAAAUCAGGGAGAGUCCAGGUGAGAGCAGAUCUCAUGACCAUCUAUCUGUCUGUCAGUCGCUCUCUACUUCCUCAUCUUUCAUCAUCAAGCCUUACCAUUCUUUACCAGUUGAACUAUGCUACUUGUCCACCCUUCCUCACCCGUUUUUACCUUAAGAGUUAAAAACUUUAAAAAUAACCCAGUGUAUCCAUUACAAUUCUGCAUAGCUGAAUAUUCAUGUAGGCAAAAUAAAACCUCCAAAUGAAGACUCACAACAGAUGUACUCUUUCCUGCUCAGUAUAAACAUCGGUGACCCUUCCAGUCUCCUUCCCACUAUGUGUUCACUGAGGGCUCUGGCAGAUGGACCCAGCGAGCACAACAGACUAUCUCCACACAAAUCCUUUAGGUGUCAAGAUCAGGCUGAUCAUUUCCACUGUAGCCUUGCAGGUGAUAUUCCAGCUUUGAUCUCUGCAACAGAGUGCAACAGAGAAAGUUCAGCUCAUGUGAAGCAAUGUGGGUUUAUUCCCAAUGUAGUCUUGAUUAAUUUAGUCCAACUGACUUCAAGGAGAUAGUCCAUAUAUUCAGUAAAGUGUUGAUGGGUAGAGUUUGAGUUGGUGGUGGUCUAAAACAUUAAAAAUAAAAUACUUGGACUCAUUUAAUCUGUUUAUAUUUCAAAGCCAGAGCCACCUGUUUUGUACGCCCACAUUCCUACAACAACUUGGGAAGUGAAUUUAAAGAUCUAAAUUCUAAAUGUUCUUUAUGGAAGUUCUGGAUGCCAGGUGUUUUCUCCUUGGCUCUGCCUAGAUGGUGUAGGAAUACGGUCAUGGCCGGGCUGUGCAAUACAUCUCUCCCACUUGAGGAUGACAUGACUCCCCUGCCCGGCCACUGUACCUUCUAGUUAGCCUCAACAACACCCCACAGGGACAGACUGUGGCUGUGCCCCAAAUGCCACCCUAUUCCCUUUAUAGUGCACUACUUUUGACCAGGACCCAUAGGACUCUGGUCAAAAUUAGUCGCACUACUGUAUAUAGAGAAUAGAGUGCCAUUUGGGAUGCAGCCUGACUGGAAAGAUUUGUGAGCUCUCCAUAAAACCCUUCGGGUCAUUUGUCCAUUCGAUCUGCAGGUGGGAUGUCACUGACUGUCUCUGGCUGGAACUGUUGUAAUGGUUUCAACAUAGCAUUCAUUUUAAUGCCACAGGGAGAAAGUAAGGUUGUCCAGUUUAUAUCUUAGUAUCCCUUAUUCUCUUGAGCUCAUGAGUAAACAAGCGCUUCAAAUAUGUGGGUUAGUAAUGUCAAUUUUAGUUUAAUUUAACUGUAUAAAGAUAUUUACUGACAUGCGAUCAGAGAGCUAAAGAGAGAGGAGGGGUGGGAAAGACUGAGAAAAGAGAGACGCUAAAAGGGAUGUACGUAAAAGAUACAUAAAAAAUCAUAGCUCGAUAUGUGCAGCCAAUUGGAGUUCGUAAUGUACAACUUUCACUCUUAGGAACCAAUGUGAUGAAUGUCCCCAUUCUCUGUCCAAGACGUGCCUAUGUGUUGCCUUAAAAAAUUGACAAAAACCCAGUUGGACAGGCAGGUAGGAGAGUACAAGCAAAUAAAGGUGAAGCUAAUGGAGCAUGUUAAUGUGUGCAUUUAUUAAACCCCACACUGCCUCUGCUCUCUCUGUAGCGUUGUGGCCCAAUAUGCCACUUUGCAAGGCUCCCCAGUCCCUGAAGAGUGAGUCAUCAGUCACUUUGAAUAAUGCACCUCAUCUAGGGCCAGGGAGGCAGCUGAGCUAUACGUAGGUACAGGACUCUUCAUGAUGAUGACAAGUGGAAUUGAAAAAGAGAGGGGUACGUCCCAAAUGGCACACCAUUCCCUAUAUAGUAAACUACUUUUGACCAGAGCCAUGUGAGCCCUGGUCAAAAGUAGUGCACUAUAAAGGAAAGAGAGUACCAUUUGGGACUCAGCCAGGAUAAGAGCCAGAGGCACUUCUUCUUUUAGGUGCUGUUGCUGCUAGACUCCUCUCCGUCAUAAGUGGUAGGCAGCUACUUAAAGUUCAGCUAAUCUGCUCCUAGCUUAGCUACUCUUGCCGUUGAAUGUGUGAUCAGGCUCUUCGUUGUUGGCUAAAGGAUCAUCAGAGCUCUUGCUGGACCAUUCAAAAACCAGUCAGGGCUGCUAUUAAAACAGCAUGGUGAUUGACGUGGGCAGUGAGCUAUCAUCUGUAUAAAAAAGGUACAGGUUAACUGUGUGAGGUGGAGGUUAGAUAAACAUAAAUAGUCAUCAUCAGCACUGGAUAUGCAACCACAUAUUUUAUUGCUAUUUAUUACUGUGUCUUUUACUAGAGUAUUCAGAAUCUUGCACUGUACUAUAACUGCAAGUCAGUGAAAUACGUAUAAUAGAUAUUAUGUUUUAUCAAUAGAAGUACUGAUUUGUUCAGAUGUUGAAAAUGUUUGGGAAGUCUAAAAAGUCUAAAAAGUAUUCAGAUCCCUUGAUUUUUCUACAUUUUGUUAGGUUACAGCCUUAUUCUAAAAUGGAUUUAAAAAAUAAAAUAAUCAUCAAUCUACACACAUUACCCCAUAAUGACAAAGCAAAAACAGGUUUAUAAAACGGAAAUAUCACAUUUACAUAAGUAUUCAGACCCUUUACUCAGUACAUUGUUGAAGCACCUUUGGCAGCGAUUACAGCCUUGAGUCUUCUUGGGAAUGACGCUACAAGCUUGGCACACCUGUAUUUGGGGAGUUUCUCCCAUUCUUCUCUGCAGAUCCUCUCAAGCUCUGUCAGGUUGGAUGGGGAGCGUCGCUGCACAGCUAUUUUCAGGUCUCUCCGGAGAUGUUAGAUCGGGUUCAAGUCCAGGCUCUGGCUGGGCCACUCAAGGAUAUUCAGAGACUUGUCCCGAAGCCACUCCAGCGUUGUCUUGGCUGUGUGCUUAGGGUCGUUGUCCUGUUGGAAGGUGAGCCUUCACCCCAGUCUGAGGUCCUGAGCGUUCUGGAGCAGGUUUUCAUCAAGGAUCUCUCUGUACUUUGCUCUGUUGAUCUUUUCCUCGAUCCUGACUAGUCUCCCAGUCCCUGCCGCUGAAAAACAUCCCCACAACAUGAUGCUGCCACCACCAUGCUUCACCGUAGGGAUGGUGCCAGGUUUCCUCCAGACAUGACAUUUGGCAUUCAGGCCAAAGAGUUCAAUCUUGGUUUCAUCAGACCAGAGAAUCUUGUUUCUCAUGUUCUGAGAGUCUUUAGGUGCCUUUUGGCAAACUCCAAGCGGGCUGUCAUGUGCCUUUUACUGAGGAGUGGCUUCCGUCUGGCCACUCUACCAUAAAGGCCUGAUUGGUGUAGUGCUGCAGAGAUGGUUGUCCUUCAGGAAGGUUCUCCCAUCUCCACAGAGGAACUCUAGAGCUCUGUCAGAGUGACCAUCGGGUUCUUGGUCAACUCCCUGACCAAGGCCCUUCUCCCCCCGAUUGCUCAGUUUGGCCGGGCAGCCAGCUCUAGAAAGAGUCUUGGUGGUUCCAAACUUCUUCCAUUUAAGAAGGAUGGAGGCUACUGUGUUCUUGGGGACCUUCAAUGCUGCAGAACUUUUUUGGUUCCCCAGAUCUGUGCCUCAGCACAAUCCUGUCUUGGAGCUCUACGGACAAUUCCUUCGACCUCAUGGCUUGGUUUUUGCUCUGACAUGCACUGUUAACUGUGGAACCUUAUAUAGACAGGUGUGUGCCUUUCCAAAUCAUGUCCAAUCAAUUGACUUGACCACAGGUGGACUCCAAUGAAGUUGUAGAAACAUCUCAAGGAUGAUCAAUGGAAACAGAAUGCACAUGAGCUCAAUUUCGAGUCUCAUAGAAAAGGGUCUGAAUACUUAUGUAAAUAAGGUAUUUCAGUUUUUUAUGUUUAAUACAUUUGCAAACAUUUCUAAAAACCUGUUUUCGCUUUGCCAUUAUGGAGUAUUGUGUGUAGAUUGAUGAGGAAAAAAAGUAUUUAAUAAAUUUUAGAAUAAGGCUGUAACGUAACAAAGUGUGAAAAAGGGAAGGGGUCUGAAUACUUUCCGAAUGCACUGUAGCUACAGCUGUUGUUUAGGAAGAUACUGUAGAACACAUACAGCUGCUACAGAUGGGUUGACUUGUUACUCAUCUCAACUAGCCUUAGAUGCGAAAUGUUUAGAUUUGUAUUACUGAAUAAGGGAAAAAAUCUAUAUGUGUAAUAUCUUGAUAUGUUGAUUGUUGUAACAUAACAUGAUGCAUAUUUCGUUGUAGGAUAAUGUCUGUUGAAUAGUGACUAAUUUUGUUGCUGUGUUGUCAGACAGUUGCUGUUGUGUUGUCAUGACAGGCAUCUCUAGACACAAGCGUGUCAUUCUAAUGUAUAACCUCAAUGGAGACAAUGACAUGUAUUGAGGAUUUUUAUUUAUUUAAUCAAUUUUAGAAUAAGGCUGUAACAUAACAAAAUGGGAAACAAGUCAAGCAGUCUCAAUACUUUCCGAAGGCACUGACUGUGAAAAGUGAAACAUGAAAGAGCUUAACCAUUGUUGGGCAAUCCAGACUACAGUACAAUAUAUGUGGCAAUCUUACUGAAAUAAUUAACAAAGUUUUAAUCUGCCACAAUAUUAUUUUAUGCCUUGGGGUAUUUGUUUAGUCACACUAUAUCUUGACGCGGUGAACCUUCCACCUCACUCACUCAUUCAAUCACUCAAGUAUCUGGAUAUAGCCUAAGUCCGUUUUUUUUCAGGGGAGGAAAUCUUGACAAAUCACAGCUCUCAGAUCUCUGAUCUGUGAUGACUGAUAUGAGCUUAGAGAGCUUUGCGAAGGCGUCUCGCUGCACUGCCUUGAUCUUCCUUGGCCUUUUCAAUCGCCUACCCCUCCUACUCCUCCUGGCAACACAACAUCAAGAUGCUAUUGUCAGCCCUUUUUUAAUGAAUACACCAUCCAAUGUGAAGGUAAAUCGUAUUCUGAGUUUAUGACUCUGUCUCUAGCAGGGAAUCCGGGAACCAAACACCUGCAGGCGGCUCUCUGUGUUUGUGGAUUUGCAUGACUGUCCACCGCCCUCAUUCGUUUUUCUUCAUUAAUUGCUUUAAUUUCAUUCAGCACCACCACAAGGAGCGAUGGAAAGAUAAUGACACCAAGAUGAUAAACACAAGGCUGAUGAAUAUGCAAAUUCAUGGAGCGACCGACCGGCACACAGAUCCCUUUAUAAGACUACUAGUGGUGCACACUCAAGUCCUUAACAUACAUGAUCUAAAAUAUGUCCCUGUUUUAUAUGGGGAAUAGAUUAAUGUCUUAAUUAAGUUGAUUAUGUAGAGUUAACAUUUCAGUUGUUUUUAGUCUUAUAUUGUAAUGCGAUGUCCGUUUAGUAGUACCUUGAAUUUGCAAACCCAUUAAAUGUUUGACCACAUUUUAUCAAAUACAUUCUACCUGUAGCUACAGUUAGUUGAAUAGCGUCUUUUCAGAAUAAACCAAUGCCAAUGUGUGUGUUUCAGUGUCCAGACGGAGGAAGGCUGUGAGAUCCUACUAGGACCAGAGGUCACCUAUGGUCCUCUAGGCCUAGACCUCUCCAGUCCUGUUGCUAUGACGAUAGCUCACUGUGCUGAGGUUGACACUGAGAACUGGAACAUCCAACUGAAGAGGAAAACACAGGACAACAAAUGGGAGGUAAGAGAAGCCCCUUUAACCAUAAACAACUCUGUCCUCUAUGGGCCAGUUACUCAGACCCAGAUUUAGUUUUUUAGUCCAGGACCGAGUCCACCCACAUAAGAAAAUACUACAGUUUACUAUAGAAUAAUAUCUCGAUCAUGUGUAGUACUUAGCAUAGAAUUGUGUAGUAUACUGUAGAAUACUAUAGUAAAUACUACAGUAUUAUCCACAAAAAACACUAGUAAAUACUACAGAAAUGUAUACAAAACAAUUUGUUUUACUAUAGUAAAUACUUCUGUAUUUAAUUUGCAUAUACCCUGCCCAUUCCCCUCCCCCAUAUCCCAAUUUGUGCCACCCGUAAAUGAGAAACCUACAUGCCAAGUAUAUACCAUAUAUUGUGUCCCCUACAGGUCAUAGAAAAGAGCAGAAGUGCUGAACUCCUGUUCAGCCUCUAGUCCUACCUACCUACAGGUUAUGGAACAUUUGCUCUUUUAGUAUUUCUCCAGUAGGUUUCCUCAAGGAGAAAGCCCCCUCACUUUUAUGUCAAAGAUAAUUAAAACAAAAACAAUUGAGUAAAUACUACAGUAAUGUCCCCAAAAACACUACAGUAUACUACAGUCUGCAAAAACACUACAGUAAAUACUACAGUAUACCGUACUACAGUCCGCAAAAACACUACACUAAAUACUACAGUAUACUAUUCCCUAUGUAGUGCACUACUUUGUAGGAAUUGAGUGCCAUUUGGGACGCAUCCUUGAGCAAUGCCCUGCUCCACACCCUAUGCCCUCAAUAGCCUUUUCACACUUCAGACACUACAGUGAAUACUAAAGUAAAGUCCACUAAAACACUACAGUGAAUACCAAAGUAUUCCUACCAUAGUAUACACUAUAUAGUAUUUUUCCAUUUUGGCAGGCCCUAUGUUAUUGUUUAUUUUUUCUUCUAUAACCCUGGGGGCAGUGUGUUCUUAACUGGUCAAAUAUAUUCCCAGAUAGAGGUUGUAUUUUCCCUUGACACCUCAACACAGUUUGUUCCAUCAGCUUUUUUCAUCUCUCUUUUGGGAGGGACAAUGUUCCAGCGAGCCUUUUUGUGAUGUGACUGUUGAGAUGUGUGUGUCUGAAGUGUGAAAAGGCUAUUGAGGGCAUAGGGUGUGGAGCAGGGCAUUGCUCAAGGAUGCGUCCCAAACUGCACUCAAUUCCUACGUAGUGCACUACUUUUGACCAGGGCCCAUAGGGCUCUGGUCAAAAUGAACUUUAAUAGGGAAUAUGGUGCCAUUUGUGACUCACACCAAGGCUUAUGGUCACUGUGGAUCCAACAGCCUGCCUGAGGGGAACAACGCUGAGAGCGCUGGAGAAAAAAACAAACAAUUACAGCAUGUAAUAGCGGAGAAGACACAUGGCUUGUGUCAGUCAGACAGGGGGUAACGACAGGGCAAAAGGGCCCGUUAGACAUCGGAAAUAUCGAUUGGUGGAUUCUGGAUGGACACACUGAAAUGGGUGUGGACGUGAGGCAAUCAGGGGAAGAGUCAUGGAAAUGGCCUCCCAUCUGACCUAGACUCACCGUAGGUGUCCCAAAUGGCACCCUAUUCCCUAUAUAGAGCACUACUUUUGACUGUGGGCCCUGGUCAAAAGUAGUGCACCAUAUAGGGAAUAGGGUGCCAUUUGGGAUGCAGGCACUGCCUGCCCUGCCUGCCCUGCUUUCUAAAGACCUCCCACUGCUCAGGACAUGUUUUACUAAACAGACACGUGAAUCAGCCUGCCUGCCACUCACUGGCUUUUUCAGUAAUUGUUAGACCUUGGUUUGUUACCUUUUGAUUUCUCAACACUGUUGUUAAGAUACUAGGGCCUACAGCCCAAAGCCAUAGUGUUUGUUUUUUCUCAUGCAAAGUUGCUAUUAGUAGGCUUAGUUGAGAUAUUUCAGCAUUCUUGUUUUUUUUCAGUGUGUACUGUUCACCUUAGGAAUGUCUAAUAUUCUCUUGUUGUCUUAUAAAAAAGAGCUUUCUACAAUCUAGACCGUAUUGUACAUUCCCAAGAGGUUAAUACACAACCCAGAGGCUCUGCAGGCAAUGCCAGCGCCCUCACUUAGAAUUAUUUGUUCAUGAAAAUGUGUUUUUGAACAAAACAAGUCAAGUAUAAGAGAAAAUAAUUAAGAGCAUUUCCAGGCAGGCAGUAAUAUAAUUGUACAUUUGACCGUGUUUUGGCAGACUGAACAAGGGUCAGAAUAAUGAAUAGUGUAGUUCUGCCCCAGGCUGUUAUGCUAUGUGGUGUCAGUGAUUAAAACAGGAUUGUUAUUUAGAAUAUUAGCAGCCACUGGAUUUUCUCCUGCACCCACUCUGUCCUAUAUAAUGUUGUUACAACCAAUGGAAGUGGGAUGUGUGCCCUAUGUAAGGCAAUUAACUAUACAAGAGGUUGUAGCAGUCCUUGCUUGUAUCACUGGCUUGCUUACCCCAGGCAAGGAUACAAUGGGAACGGGUGGCAGGGAUCUUUGUCUCAAUUACGGGCUGCCUCCUGACUCCACCGUUCAUAUACACAAUGUCUCUUGCCCUUUUCUAUGGAUAUAUCCCAAAUAGCACUCUAUUCCCAUAUAGUGCACAACUUAUGACCUAAGCCCUAUGGUGCAAUUUGGGGCACAGUCUAUAAUCUCUCUUGGAUAUACAAUAUGCACCGCUGUAGAUUUCAUACCCUGCAGACUCCCUGGAGGUCAUUCUAGCUGAGGAUGGUACAGGUGUGUAAUUGACAUACUGUAGGUAAGCCUUGAAUCUCAUUAACCCUCUCUGUGACCAAAGGUUCAACACGCAAUGACAAGAGACAGCAAAAUUGGUAGCUACUAACUGACCCUCCUUCCUUGGCCCAUCAUUACUUCUCCUUUGUGUAAAUGAUAUAGCUUUGUAUGUCUCCAAUUUGCUCGCUGGUAUUUUUAUUUGAAUUGAACACAGCUGUUUUAGAGAGAGAUAAUGUGGGAUAUAAUUAUGGUAGCUGUCUGGGAAGAUAAAAAACGACUGAUUCCAUUAUUGUAGUUUAAAAUAAUAAAAGGGGUUUCCCACCUAUUGCUGUUGUUCAUAAUGACUGAUCUGUAUUCUGAGAUGUUACCAUCUCAUCUACCUCGGAGACUACGUGUUAGCAGAUAUUUUUCAGUUUAAAAAAGCACUUCAAUUAUAUUAAUUUCCCUUAUCUAACUUAGAACCAAACAUUUAUAUGCUUCCAUGAUGACACAACACUAUAAAAGAUGCAGAACAAAUACACAUCCACACAUAUAAAAUCCACACAUAGCCCACAGAGCAUAAUUAUAAUAAUAUAAUAAUAAUAAUAAUAUGCCAUUUAGCAGACGCUUUUAUCCAAAGCGAUUUACAGUCAUGCGUGCAUAAAUAUUUGUGUAUGGGUGGUCCCGGGGAUCGAACCCACUACCCUGGCGUUACAAGCGCCGUGCUCUACCAGCUGAGCUACAGAGGACCAUUAUAGUAUUUAUUCUCAAUGCAAUCAAAUGUAAUGAUGCUUAAUGAAAUUGUUUUAUCAUCCUCUGUUGCCAACCGGCCUGUGUUUUGUGUUCCGUAUCACAGGAAGUGAUGUCAGUGGAGGAUGAGUCAACAUUCUGUUACUGCCUGAUGGACUCCAGUAGCUGCCACCUGCUGCUGGACCAGCCUGGCUCCUACGCCCUGGUUGGUGAACCACUCACCCAGGUAGCCGUGAAGAGGCUGAAGCUAGCAGUGUUUGGCAGCAUGGGGGCCACCCCCAUGGACUACAGCCUCCGAGUGUACUGUGUGGAUGACACGCCAUACGCCUUUCAGGUAAGCAGGAAGUGGCUCUGUAUCAUAAAUCGACUCCUAUGCCCUAUGCAUUUGCGGAGAUCUGAGAGGAUUUGAUUGGUAUAAGCAAUAUGGUGAACUUCCACCAAGCCUAUCAGGGUAAGGUAGAGCUAUUAGGGGUCAAUUUGAGAUUAGGUCAUUCUCAUCCAUUUUUGGCAUGCAAUGCCUAUUUGUCAGUAGUGGAAUAUAAGAAAUACUGUUGAAUAAUAGGUGUAUUUCCUGGUGGUUGCAUAAUGCAAACAAACAAAUGUUGUUUUCCUUUGCUUGGUUGGUUCUUUUCAUUGAUUGCAGUUUGCUCUUGUGCAAUCAUAUGAAGCUCAAUAUUGAUGGCAGUGCUUAGGCAGUAGAUGAUAGAAGAGAAUCAAGUCCCUCACAAACAUUGAUAUUUCCGGGUUAGCCUUCCAAUAAUUCGGUCAUAUAAUACAAUAAAGCUGUAUUGAUAUCUCAUCAUCUAGCAUCAGGGAAAUCAACUGCCUCAGUACAGCCAAGAGACAUAAAGCAGAACAGAAGCGAUCAGAACAGAAUAGGCCUCAGGAGUGACUCAGUUCCUGCUUGUGUUCCUGUGAUUUAACAGAAGUCACUGACAGCUGGGUUUAAAAUGCUUUUUGGAUUUGGUUUAUGAAUCCGUCCCCAGCGCAGCCUGCCGAGCAGAUGCCAGCCCCCUCUGUCCUCUAGGUCUCUGUCGGCUACAAUCACACUCACUCUGCUUCAUGUUGUUCAAGCUCUGGCUAUAGACAGACAGUCAAUCACCGGUCAUAUCCUAGACCUAGAUCAACAGGAUGCUCCUGAUAAUAAUAUUAAGGAUGUCAUUUCAGUGCAACAUUUCCCCAAAUGUAGCUCUUACUCUGGCUUCAGUUGCCAUACAAUGUGAGGACAGGGCUAGCACACAACCUAGACUGCAUAGGGAAUACAGAUUACAGAAUUACAUAAUUACAGAAGAAUACCAUUUGCUCCAGCAAUGCUGAUAUUAAAGCAGGGGAAGGGGAAAUGUCGCAGCAUUGAAGGGGUGUUGUUUCUCAAAAGGUCAAAGAAAAUGGCCAUGCUGUACCCUAAAAAUUAUUGGAUGGAUUUUAAAUAUGAUUUUAAUAGGAAACCUGAUCUGCAGGACAGUCAUAGUUGAGUUCAGGGCCCAGUUUUUCAAAAGUUAUCUGAUUGGAUUUCAGCAAUUGGAUAGGAUUAAAUGUUUAUUCAAACGAUAACUUAUGUGGCUCAUGUAAUGGAAUGUAUUUUUUGUAAUGUCAGUUGAGUUGAAUCAACAAAUCACAGCAAAUAUUGAUGGGUACACUUCCUGCUUUUACUUCCUGCUUGUACUGUACUUCCUUUUUUGCUCCAAUGGGUCAAAGAUUUUCUAUUAUAUUGACAAGAUAGUCAAGUGACCGCUCCAACAAUGGAAAUACAUGUCCUCAAAGACGGAAGGCAGGCGGGAGGAGGUGAGAUCAGGUGGGACCAUUCUAGCAAAUGAGAGGGCAGAUACGCCUGUGAACAACAUGCCAUAGAGAUAAAUAGAGGACUCAUCUUUGUAUCUGUGCCAUUAUAGCGUCUGUGACAGCAUGGACAGCGCCAUUGAGACUAUCUCCAUUUUAAAGUAGUCAAUUUUCUUAUUCUUCAUUGGCUGUUUGCUCCCAACUCAUUAGCUGUUUGCUCACAAGUCCCAACUCAGUUGACUACUUUAAAAUUGUGGAAGCCCUCAACGGUAAUAUACAUGCUAAAAUCCAUGCUAAAAUGCGUUAUAUCCAUGAUGAGUCCUCUAUCUAUCUCAUGACAACAGGCACAACUCCGAUAUAAAACAGUUUUUGGGUAAGUUGCCGAAAUGCCACGUAGAUCAGUGCAUUCGUAACAACCUAACCAUUACGAAACGUAUAUUAGAUCAAAUAAGCCUCACGUAGCAAAUUAGCAAUUAACCAAUUUUCUUGACCAAAUUCGACACUCUCAUUGACCUCCAUACAAAAAUUAUACUUACUUAUUUUCGUGGACAGAUUUUGGGAGGAGUAAAACCUCUCGUUUCACCUCUUCCUCUCUGUAUGGGUACACUCGCAAUGGCAGCCACUCCACCCUUUAUGCCAUCAUUGACUUGAACGGGGAUACCCGUUCUAUUGAUUCUAUUUCUAUGGCAGCACAAUUCUAUGGCAGCUAUUUCAAUUGCCAUCAUCCUAAAUGUCAUGACUGUCAUUGCCCUAACACAAACACACACAAACAGUCACAAGCAAUCAGCAUGGCAUGGUGUUAGUCAUUCAUUUCUUUUGUCGCUUCUCUUUGGGAUUGAGAUGUCUGAGAAUAGACCGCUCAUACAUUAAACGUCAUACAGGAGCAGAACAAUGAUGACAGAUUAAUACCUCACAGCCUCAAAUCAAAAAGCACUUUCAUCAUUCCAAAUACAAUUUGGGGGACGGAUGUUAGCCGAUACAUGCUCAUCCAUUGCAUUCAAUUGAAACUUCUAUAUUUUAUUGUGACUUCACAUUUAAUAUAGCUAGCUACUAAUGAUAAUUGUUUUUUGUUCUUUAAUGUAAUUUCUCUUGACUUUAGAAAAUGGUCAGGUUUUGUGAGGAUUUGUGGUUGGCAGCAGAAAUGAACUGUGGUGAUAAAGAGAACUGGCCCACUGACUCUCCAGUCCCUCCCUCCCACCCCAGGGAGUGGUGGCCACAGAGACGGGUAGAGGAGGACAGCUCCUGGAGGAACCCAAGAUGCUGCCUUUCAGAGGGAACACCUUCAGCCUCCAGGUCUACAUCCAGGAUGUCCCACAAUUUCUAUGGAGCAUCAAACCCUUUACUACGUGUCAGGUAACUGGUUUCAACUUUAACUACUUAGAGAUGUACAUGUUAUGUCAGUUGUAAGUCUCAGGAAGACUUACCCUAAAGCAUUUAGCACUGAAUAAUUUCAGAAACUAUUGCUAUGGAACUUCAAACUCUUUACCACCUGUCAGGUAUUGUUAAAGCAGUCUUGGCUUACAAAUGUAGACUGUUAGGUACUUCCAGAUAUGGACAUGAUCUUGUUCUGCAUUACCCUAAAGUGUUGAGCACUGAAUGUUGAGCACUAAAGAGUUUGAGACACUGCAAAUUUGAGCAUAAACAAAUACCCAAUUGUCAUACUUGAGUAAAAGUAUAGAUACCUUAAAAGAAAGUUACUCAAGUAAAAGUGAAAGUCACCCAGUAAAAUACUACUUGAGUAAAAGUCUAAAAGUAUUUGGUGCUAAAUAUACUUAAGUAUCAAAAGUAAAUGUAAUUUCUAAAAUAUACUAUAGUAUCAAAAUUAAAAGUAUAAAUCAUUUCAAAUUCCUUAUAUUAAGCAAAGCAGAUGGCACCAUUUUCUUGUUUUUAAAAUGUACGGAUAGCUAUGGGUACACUCCAACACUCAGACAUCAUUUACAUACAAUGCAUUUGUGUUUAGUGAGUCCGCCAGAUCAGAGGCAGUAGGGAUGACCACGUGUUCUCUUGAUAAGUGUAUGAAUUGGACCAUUUUUCUGUGCUUCUAAGCAUUCAACAUGUAACGAAUACUUUUGGGUGUCAGGGAAAAUGUAUGGAGUAAAAAGUACAUUAUUUUCUUUAGGAAUGUAGUGAAGUAAAAGUAAAAGUUGUCAAAAUAUAAAUAGUAAAGAAAAGUACAGAUACCCCAAAUAACUACUUAAUUAGUACUUUAAAGUAUUUUUACUUAAGUACUUUACACCACUGAUAGGAAGUUGUAUGUGUUAUUAAUGGCCAGAUGGUUGACAUUUUGGUUACAACCAGACUGCAAUUCUUACAGGAGGUUGUUUACCUUUAUUGGUAACUGUGUGUGCACACUGCAUUGCCCCCAUACAUCUGUGAGUGGGGUGAGGAAGUAGCGUGGCGUGUCUCACACAGACUGUCAAACAGACACCUCCUCUUGGCUUAUUUAUGAGGAUCUUUGGAAGGAGACUGCCUGUGAACCUCCACCUUUCACAGAGCAUGUGGAGAGUAAUGGCUCUUGCCUGCACGAUACAUCAAGUUAUCUUUUAUUUUUUAUUUUACUGCUAAAGAGUACCUGGCCUCUCCAUGUCCAUCAUUCCUCUGCGCACCAUUAUCUGACACAUCCAUCCCACAUCGGGGAGGAUCAGAUGAUCAAAGCUAAGGGGUUAAGUCCUUUUUAGGCACACUAGGCUGUUUUUUUACUGUACAGUUAGCUGGGGGUCUUUAUCACCAUGGCUGCGUCUCAAAUGGCACCCUGUUCCCUAUAUAAUGCACUACUUUUGACCAGAGCCCUAUGGGUAGUGCACUAUGAGUAGGGCACUAUAUAGGGGAUAGGGUGCCAUUUGGGACGCAUCCCAGCACUGUGACUCGUUUACAGGUGACUUUAUUAUGCAGAGAUGGAAGAAGGGAGUGUGCAAGAGGUCAAGGACGUUUCCCAGCAGAAAUUAAUUGUACACCCCCCUCUCCCUACAGUCCAAAUGCGUAUUUCCAGACAUAAUGCUAUCGUUGCAUAGCGUUGUGCAACUUCAAAGCCUGCAAACACCCUCUUACCCCACUACUCUCUCUCUCUCUCUCUCUCUUCUCUCUCUCUCUCUCGCUCUCUCUCUCCCCUCUCUCUCCCCCUCUCUCUCUCCCCUCUCUCUCUCUCUCCCCCCUCUCUCUCUCUCUCUCUCUCUCUCUCUAGGAAUUCUCCUUCUCCCAAGUGUGGUGCAGCAACCAGCAGCCCCUGCACUGUGCCUUCUCCCUGGAGAAAUACAGCCCCACCACCACCCAGCUCUCCUGCAAGAUCAGCGUGCGUCAGGUCAAAGGUCAUGAGCAGAUUCUGCAGGUCUAUACGUCCGUGGCGGAGGUGAGCCUGGCACUCCAUGUGCGGAUGACAUUUUACUUCCACAAUCCACACAACCUUUAUUUAACCUUAGUGAAGUCAGUGUCCUCUGCUGUCGCUGGCUGAAUAGCCUGUUCUCAGGAGUCUGCAGUGGUUGUCUCUCCCUAUUCCCUAUGGUGCACUAGUGUUGACCAAGGGCUCUGGUCAAAAGUAGUGCACUAUAUAGGGAAUAGGGUGCCAUUUGGGAUGCAUCCUGUGCUUCUUUUUAAAACAGAGGGUAGCUAGACUCUAUCAAUGAGACCUGACUUAUUAAUGGCCCUGUGUAUCCUAACAGCCCUUUUGUUAAAUAAAAUAUAAUUGUAAUUAUAUUUGACUCCUGUGAUAUUGUGUGUUGGCUCUCCCCUUUGUCUGUUUUGCCCUUGUAGAGCGAGAAGGAGUCAGUCCCAUUUUUUAUGCAGACGGACUGCACCAUCACCUCACAGACGGGGCCCAAGGCCUUCAAAAUUCCCCUCUCCAUCCGCCAGAGGAUAUGUGCCACCUUCGACACUGCCAACGCCAAGGGCAAGGACUGGCAGCUCUUAGCCCAGAAACUCCAUCUAGAUAGGUGAGUGUCCAGGGCUGUGAUCCCAAAUACCUCCCUAUUCCCAAUGUAGUGCACUACUUUUGACCAGGGCCUUAUGGUACUAAAUAGGGAAUAGGGUGCCAUUUGAGAUGCCCAACUGUCUAUCAUGUCUCACUGAAUGUUUCAAAGAUUGCUUGAACAAACAGCAGAAGGUAUUUGAGACUUUUGGGGUUCCAAAUGAGCCCAAUCAGCUGCCCUCAUAUUAUAUCUUAUCAUGUUAAGCUGAUUUUAAUUGAGUCUGAUGUCACACAAAUGACUGCAUUCACAGAGCGUGAUGCUUUUGGCAGGGAGGGGUAAACCAUUGUUUUGUAGUGAAAUACUGCCCUCCACUGGAUCUAAUGGCUUACUGUAAUACACACAUUCCAAGCUGUUCCCGCAAACGACCCAUAAGCCUAGAGUGUGUUUAUCAUAGGCCUACAGUACAUAUUCAGUCCUAACUUGACAUGGACUUUUCCCCUUCAAAUGUUGACUAGUUUACUCACUUUGAUAUUUCAAGAAAUCCGUGAUCAUGUCUAGUAUGUCAUUUCUCAGAUACACAUUUUCUAGCACUGCAUGUCAGUCCCUCCCUGCUGAGAUUUGGAAGCAGUGCUGUGCUAAAACACAGAGUUGCAUCUCAUAGGAGACAAGAAUCUAUAAACAACAAUGUUUUUCUAUGAACAACAGUGUUGUUCACUUUGCUAAGUGUGCUGUGACCACUUUGCCCACCAAAAGUGUUUCCCCCCCUUUCUCCCUACAGAAACCUGUCGUAUUUUGUUAAGCAACAGAGCCCCUCUGCGGUCAUACUGAGCCUGUGGGAGGCACGACACCAAGACACUGGUGACCUUGACUCUCUGGCAAGCGCUCUGGAGGAAAUUGGCAAGAUCCACUCCAAAAGCACUGCAGCAAAGAGCCAGGAGGACCCUGAAUCAGACUUAGUACAUCAUUUAGGAACAGGAACCCCAGGCAACCCAGUGUGUGGAAUGGGUGAACUCUCCAAUCAUGAGACUGCUAACUCAGUCACAGAGUAUACUGGC